UGCAUUAGCGCUCACAUGGCUGCGUGAGAGCUCAGUGUGUCGGUGCAGGUGAGAGAGGAGCCGGUGAGCAUGGCUGAGGAUGUGAUCGUAUCAGAGGAGACUCUAACAGGGGCUCUGACCCGGCUGGUGAACUUGGGCAAAAUCCUGCUGCAGACCGCCAAGCAGGAGGCGGCAGAGUCCCUGGAGAAUUUUGUCCCACAUAAGAUCACCACUUUAUUCGGCCUGAUCACAGCCGGAGCAGACUUCUACAAAAGCCUUGGAGUGAAGAAAAAGAGUGAAGCAGAGGAAAUUUGGCAGAAGUCUUAUCACCAUGAAGCAGUGAGAGAGCAGGUGGAGGAGCUUAUGCAGCUGGAGACUGAGUGGGACUCCUUCCUGGAGAGUGUGGACAGAGGUCUGCAGACAACAGAUGGACAGCUGUCAGGAGGAAAGACAGCAGACAGCCUGAGUCCUGAUACUACAUUCACUGAUGGACGCAGUAGAAAGAGCGUGACUCUGGGUCAGUACCUGGGUCAAGGUCAGAAGCUGCUGCUGGUCCUCAUCAGACAUUUCGGAUGACUGCCGUGACGAGACCACGUGGCCGAGCUGGAGGCCAGUCAGGCUCUCCUGGAGGCUCGGUCAGUGCGGGUCUUGGUGGUUUCGUUCGGCGGCGUGGAGGGAGCUCAGGUGUGGCUGGAGCAGACUGGGUGUACGUUUGACAUGCUGCUGGAUCCGCAGAGAAAGGUAUACAGGAGUUUUGGCCUCGGCUCGUCCUACGGCAAGGUGAUGAAGUUCGGCUGUCUGCUGCAGUACUCAGAGUACGGAGCUGUAGACAGAGACUUCCCAGACGUCCCCCCUCACCUACUGGAAGAUAUCUACCAGAUGGGAGGGAACUUUUUGCUCGAUGAAACAGGGAAGGUUCUUCUUUGUCAUCCGUGUAAAACUCCAAUGGACAGGCCGACUGUGACGAGCAUCCUGCAGGCCGCGGACCCUAAAGGCUGCUCCUCCAACUCUGCAGAGAAACAUCCACAUCUAGACCACAAGCUGUGAAAGAUAUGUGAACACCGGAGACACCGAGCCUGAUCUGGGGCUUUAAGAGGUUACUUUAUUUUGUACCACAUCACUGACACCACAGAGAAAGAGCGGCUCUUUGACUCACGUUUAUGACGUCGCAUUUCACACUCAUGACGCCAUGAAGAAAUGUGACCGAUGCAGAACCGUGAAGCAAAGACGACCGAUCUCCUCUGUUGUGUCAGUGUCGUGAUGGGAGCGUUUCAAAAUGAGUGGUACUGCUGGAUUACACUUUAUUCAAUAUGAAGUUAAUUUUAUAUAAUAAUAUGUAAUGUUUAACUUUGAAAAAAAGAUAGCUAAUUUUACUGUAAUCUGUACUGCUAGACAGUAUGGCAUUUUUUGUAACCAUAGCUGAUUAAUAGCUGUGUGUUUUUACAGCCCUAAAUGGCAGUAAUAGAUAUCAUUUUUUAAUUUUAGAAGAGACAAAUCACUCCAUUACCCAAAAAGAUGCAACAUGAUUUUACCGCUGCAAACUAUUAUUUUACUAUUGCUAUUUUUCUCCAUGUGGCUGCUCAGGCCAGAGAUUAAAGCUGCUGCUGCAUAACUCGUUUCUAAUAAUCCGUUAAAAAAUAAUAAUAAUAAUAAUAAUAAUAAUAACCCACUUGAUUGUGAUAUUACAGUAGAAAAAAUAUAUAAUUUCUUCUGUGCUCCAGAUCUCUUCUGUACAUAUCUAGGAAUGAAAAAUACACGUAAUUUGUCUUGAAUUGUGAACAGUUUGACAUUCAAAUCACUUGACAACCCAGGAUUUUUUAACAGCAGGGCUGGGUAUCAAACCUCAGUGCCUUUUUGUUACAGACUGAAAUGUGUACGUAGCCUCGCAAAUGAUCAAGCACCAAAAACUGGCUUUAAAUAUCUAGUUAAAUUUUUAUGCUUGUUGUAAUGGUAUUUGAGCAGAUUGAUCCAUAUUUUAGUCCAAAUUUAGCUCACUUUAUACUUUUAUUUAGACAGUUACCAUACUGAUGUACGGAGCUCUGGAGUGACCAUAAAUAGAAUAUAUAUAUAUAUAUAUAUAUAUAUAUAUAUAUAUAUAUUGUAUAAAAAAUUUCUUUUUUACAUCUUUUUAAAAAAACUGAAAUCAAUCAAGUCUUUGUCUUUGUCCUCCAUCUGCAUCGAGCACUGUGAUUUUAACUUAUAUUUAGCCCCACUUGCCAAGCACUGAGUUAAUGUCUUGGUUGAGGCCAGUCUCAAAAAAUAAAUUCUGUGGAAAAUGCGCUCUGUUAUUUUGAUUGUUUCCAUGGUGCUAAACUGACCUGGAAGUAGACUGAGCUUUUCUUUUCAGCCUGAAAAAGUUUUGCAAGACUUGGCAAAAAUACAAAGUUACGUAUCAAAAAAGUAUUUUGGUAUCUGCAUUGUAUCAAAAAUGCUACCCGGCCCUACUGAUGAAGCUGACCGACUUUUCCUGACUGAUCAGAAAACAAUGCUGUAAACCAAAUAAACCUUUAGUAAAGAUUUAUGAACAA